GCAACGGCCAAAGGAACAUGAGCCGCCUGUGAAGAGACAGGGAAAAAGACAGACUGGCUGGCCUCCAUUAAUCUUUCACCUGGAUAGCAACACAGCACACAUGUCCCCCCUCAGGGCAGGUCUGUUGUCGUGAGAGGGAGGCACGGUAACCACCGUUGUAACAGACAUGCCAAAACCGGACCUGCUCUGCCUGGUUCAGCUGUUGAACGGCACCAUCGAGACCUUUACAGUCAGCAAACAGGAUGAAGGUGUGGUUCUGUUGGACCGAGUGUGUGACCACGUGGGCCUGCAGGAGAGGCAGCUGUUCAGUCUGCAGAUCAGAGAAACCAGCACGGCCAUCACCUCCAUCACUGCCAACACUCACUCUCCUCGAUGGUUGGAGCUUGAAAAACCACUGAAGAAACAAAUCAAAGGUCUGGUGUCUCCCUUUUACCUGAACUUCAGAGUUCGAUUCUUCAUCUCUGAUCCCAACUCUUUGCAGCACGAACAAACGAGACACCUUUACUUCCUCCAGAUCAGGAGUGACAUCAGAGAAGGACGGUUGCAGUGUCCACUCAGCCCAGCAGUUGUCUUGGCCUCUUAUGCUGUCCAAUCGGAGCAGGGCGACCACUGUCCUUCCCGACAACCUGGUUACCUCUCGAAGUGCCACUUUAUCCCGAACCAGGAUGAGGACUUCAUUAGUAAAGUGGAGGACCUCCACCCGCAGCACAAGGGGCUGAAGCAGAGCGACGCCGAGCUGUGUUUCCUCAACACGGCACGGACGCUGGAGCUGUACGGAGUGGAGCUGCACGCUGCCAUGGACAUCAACAACGCUCCUCUAAUGGUGGGCUUGGCCUCCAGUGGUGUUGCCAUAUUCUGUAAUAUGAUUUGCUCCAGUUUCUUCCCCUGGGGGAAUAUAAUCAAGAUUUCGUUCAAAAGGAAGCGCUUUAUAAUUCAUCUGAAGAGGAAACACGGUGAGACUCAGGACUGUGAAAUGUCUAUGAUUCUGCCUUGUCCCAAAACCUGUAAAAACCUGUGGAGGUCGUGUGUCGAUCAUCACUCCUUCUUCUGCUCCAACCGAAGUGCCAGGAGCCCCAAACACAACAACAGCACAAUUCAUUCCUACACCAAGUUGAUCACACAGCACCUGGGUCUGGGUCACACCAAAAAUGAGAGUGGUCCUGUUUGUCAGCGGGUGGUUGGAGGAAUGGUGUGGAACCCAGUCCUGCGCAGGUCCAUUUCCUCAGAGUGUCUGGAGACGAAGAGUUUGCCCUCCAGGUCGCCGCCAAGCACUCCAAACUGGCGAAGUCCUCGUGUUCGCCACGGCAUCCGCAGGGCGCGUCCGUCCUCUGUGGAGCUGACCAGUGAUCUGAAGGACAUGUCUGAAGGAGAGGACGUCUUCUAUACCUACAGGGCGUCUGUGGGCAGCAGCAGGGACAGCGACGGAGACCCAUCACCACAUCACACUGGUCACCAGGGUCCAGACGAGGCUUUUUUACAGGCUGACGACAGCAUUGGUGAGGAGGAGAGUUUACCCAACGACAAGGGAACUCUGGGUGACGGAGACUUGAUGCUGAUCUGUAUUGCCCCUGACCACGAGGGCAAGUUUGGCUUCAACGUCAAAGGUGGGGUGGAUCAGAAAAUGCCUCUCGCCAUAUCCCACAUUAAACCUGACUCUCCGGCGGGCCGAUGUGAGCCGAAACUCCAGGAGGGAGACCUGGUUGUCCUCAUCAAUGGUCGAGACAUUUCUGAACACACACAUGACCAGGUUGUCAUGUUCAUAAAAGCGAGCAGAGAGUCACACUCCAGAGAGCUGGCCUUGCUUAUCAGGCGUAAAGGUCCUGGAAAAGUGCUCCCCCUGCUGCAGAUCCCUCCCACCCUCACGAUCUCCAGCCAAUCACAGGCGGACAAACUGCCAUCUCCUGGCCAGCUGGAGCGGGUCACGACACUGGAGGAAUCAAUGAGGCAGCUAGAGAGAGGAGUGCAGUCUGGCACCCUGUGUUUCCACUUUGAGAAUUUAUACAGGAGGAAGCCUGGUUUGUCGCUGAACUGCGCUCGACUUUCUGAGAACAUCGACAAGAAUCGAUACCGAGACGUUUUACCCUAUGAUUCCACCAGAGUGGUGCUGCAGGGCCAGGAGGACUACAUCAACGCCAGCCACAUCACGGUGGCGUCGCCAGUGUCUGGUGUUUGUUUGCGUUAUGUCGCUGCUCAGGGCCCGCUGCCACAGACCUGCACUCACUUUUGGCAGACUGUGUGGGAGCAGCAGGUGCACACCAUCAUCAUGCUAACAACGCUGACGGAGAGAGGACGGACCAAGUGUCACCAGUACUGGCCUCACCCCCCCGAAGUGAAGGACUACGGCCACAUGCGAGUGAAGUGUCACUCAGAGGAGUGUAACCUGGCAUAUGUGAUACGACAGUUCACACUGACCAACACACAGCGGAGUGAGGAGCGCGCAGUUACCCACCUGCAGUAUGUGGCAUGGCCGGACCACGGUGUACCUGAUGACCCCUCAGAUUUCCUGAUGUUCAUCAGCUCAGUAAGAGAGAGGAGGAGAGGUGAAGAGCCAUUAAUGGUACACUGCAGUGCUGGGAUUGGACGGACAGGUGUCCUCAUCACUAUGGAGACGGCGCUGACUCAGCUGGACGAGGGUCGACCUGUGUUCCCACUGGACAUCGUCAAAACACUAAGAGAUCAGCGAGCCAUGAUGGUUCAGACCACGGUACUGAGAAUCACUGCUGGGAUGACUAGUUUCGGCUCCACGCUCCUAACAGGGAACCACCAUCUGGGGUUCUCUGGCUCCGUAUGCACAGGUGACAGCUGCCCCUUCCCCAGCCGCCUCACUCACUCCCGCUGCUGCGGAGAAGUCUGA